AUGGAAAGUGCAAAUAGUGCUAUAUCGGGACUCAGUAAAACACUCACAACCCCAUUUUCUAUAAAUGAUAUUUUAACGCGAAAUAAUAAUACACUUAAUGGUUCGCAUUUAGAGCAUCGUCGUUUAUCCGGCGGUUUGGAAUCUGAAACGGAUCUUUUAUCCAUUAAAUUGAGUCGACGAAAAUCGCUUGAGGAAAACAAUUCCGAGAAUUGUUGCCGUAACGCGGGUGACAUAAAUCUUUAUAGUAAAUUGGCAACACAGUGUGCUAUAUCGCCGCCGGAUCGUGUGAAUCACAGUCGCGAAAUUAAAAUGAAUAAUGUGGCAAGCAGUGAAUACAUUCAGUAUUAUUCUGCCUUGGAUAAUAAUAAUCACACCGAUUUUAUGCAACACAAAUUGGGUAAUUUUUUUGGGACUAAUAGCAAUGUUCUAAAUAUGGGGAAUGGAAAUAAUCGUGAUUGUCAUCCAAUCGAUAUGAGAAGGUGCACAAACAAUGAUUCCGACUGUGAUUCUCCACCACCAGCUAUUUACGGUGUUGGCACUAGUGACAGUUCACUUACCGAUGAAAAUUCAGCUAUUAAUCGUAAGAAGCGUUCACGUGCCGCUUUCAGUCAUGCACAGGUUUUUGAACUAGAACGGCGUUUUUCCCAACAGAGAUAUCUAAGUGGACCUGAACGUUCAGAAAUGGCCAAAACCUUACGCUUAACUGAAACUCAAGUUAAAAUUUGGUUUCAGAAUCGUCGUUACAAGACCAAAAGAAAACAAAUUCAGCAACAUGAAGCCGCGUUACUGAGCGCUACCAAACGUGUGCCCGUCCAGGUAUUGGUAAGGAGUGAAGAUGGUAGCGCUGCUUAUGCACAUAUGUUUCCUCAAGCAGGUGGUUAUGCACAUGGCAUAGAUCCAGCGUUGUUGAAUAUUUAUAGGCAUCAGCUACAAAUGGCAUAUGGAGUAGGAGUAUCGCUGCCUCAGUUACCUUUUUCAUAUCCAUUUUAUCCGCAUGGUGCGAAAAUACCUCAACCCAUACCACCACCAAGUCAACAAGCCGCAAAUCUACCUUCAAACUUGCCAGCACUCAACGCCUCCAAAAGUGUUCUAAACUUUGGGAAAACUGAAAAUGGUAUUAAUUAUAUAAACUCCUCUUCAGCAUCUUCGUCGCCGACACAUGCAAAUCAAAGCACUAGUAACGGAAGUGCCAGAUCGAGUCCUAUUCCGACAAAAAGCACGUCUGCAGUUGAAGCGAUUGAAAGUGGAUCGGAAAGUCAAUCAGCUUCAGAGGAUUGUGAGGAAAACGUAGAAAUUGACUAAAUUCUUUAAAGCUAGCGAACAGAGAAAUGAACGAAGGAUGUAUGUAUGAGUGGAGUGUAAAAGGAUAAACGGAAGUGCAGCAAUUUUGCAUUAAGUGCAGACUAUA